AUGUCUUCGUACCUCCAUACAGAGACAAUCACCUACGACAGGGCUUCUGAACCCUUCGCGCAAUUCGACUCGGGUCAGAAUGUCUUUCACCGCCGAUGUAGACAAUGUCUAUUUCCUUUAGAGCAUGGCGAAUCGGUGGUGAGAGGCAUUCAUCAGAGCAUUUGGGAGAAGACACCAGAACCACGGGAAGUUAAAGUCAGGACAUCCCACCGACGACCUCCCGGAUCUUGGCAGUGGUUCAGGAACCCAUGGGACUAUUUCCACGCCCGCUGUUAUGAGCUCGCAGACUUCGACAUCUCAGAACAGUUUCUAGAUUCCAUGUGGUUGAACUUCGAACUCCCUUUGGAAGGAAAAGGAGAGGAACAGCGUAAGGACAACUUAGCGAGUCUCAUGGUGUCAGAUUUGAGGAAACAGAAUUGGCCAGUUCACCUCCCUGACGAAAUACUCCUAAAUGUUUCUGGACACAUGGUUCGUGAAUACGCUGUCUUAGCGGCUAAGAGACGGGUGCUCGCGCCUCCAUCGCCGCGCUCCACGCCUAUCGACUUUUCCUGUAACGUCUACGGACGAUACAGAGUAUUCGAGGGGAAGUUGUACCUCCAAGAACUGUCCAGCACAGACCUUUCGACAAGUCAAGGAUGGGAGCUCCUCAUCGAAGGCCAAGAGAAGUGCCGGGAUUGGAAGGUUCUUAUAGCAGAGGAUCAUCACGGAAUUCGCAAAAUCAAGUCCCUCCGUGAUGGUGAUGUGCUAUCCGGAUCUAUCCCUAAUACAGAGGGGUUGUGGUGGAGGUCCUUUCGUCCCGUGGAUGAAGAGGGCAAUUGGAAGAAGUCUGUAGCAGAGACCGACGGAUACAAACUCCGGGAUAUCAAUUCCGGUACACUUCCACUAUGUAUCGGUAUUCCCCGGGUAGCUGCUGCCCACACUUUCAGGUGGCCGACGUGGAACAUCCCGAAUGUCACUCCAAUCCUCACUGAAGGCUGGUAUCACUACGAUGUGGCGAGUCACUUGCGGAUGCGAUCCUUUAGCUGCAAUGCACCGGAUACCACGGGUUAUUCAGUGGCAAUAACCCCCUGUGGCUUUUUCCACAUACACGCCCAUCGUAAAGGGGAGGGGAACGCGGAACCUUACCGCCGAUUGGACCCAAUAAAGGGUCCUCUUUACUGGUUUUACAUGCCUAUUGACAAGGGCGAAUAUUUGACGGAAGUAUGCAGGUAUCAAAACCCAGCGCAUAAAUGGGAUGACGGGUUUACGUUAACCACAAAUCGUGGACGAACAACUGUUUUCGGAUCCCAUCGCACAUUGAUGGAGACAGACACCUGGUUUGAACGUAUUCACAGCCCGCCCAAAACAGAAACCCAGAUAUAUUUUAACGAAAUGGGCGCGGUAGAAUACGACAGGAAAGCCAGGGUUCUAGCGGUGGAGAAUGCGCAGGAUCGCGUCCUGUGUGAGAUCCCAACUAAUAUCCUCCCACUGCAGGAUAACCCAGCAUUGAACUAUGACCAUCAAUCGUACUAUUCGUCCUGUUCUCUGGUAGGACUCGCCAAGGUCACUCUAUGUACCGACAAGAACAAGCCACAUAAGCCUAUCAUCGGUAUGCUUUGCGAGUACACGGACGGGCAUAGGGAGUGCGUGGGGCAAAUCCGCUUCGAUAUGGUGGACGAACUACUCGACAUGGACGGGGCCAUCGGACUUCAUUUCGCGAUUUGCAAUCAGCAGAGCGAAGUUCUUGAUCCGAGAAAUUGUUGGAUCUAUAACGUCCCGCACGUAUCGACGACCACAUCGCAUGUGGUAACUAUCAACACGAGACCUCUCACUUUGUGGGGGCCAGGGUUUGUCUGGGGCUGCAUUCCUCUGCAGGGAACGCUCGAAUGGUGGUUCACGCCAUGCUGCACAUUCGUGGGGCAUACUGCGGAGGAGAGGGUCUACGAAAUUGAAUAG